UCCUCCACAUCCCUCCCCGUGCCCUGAGCUUCUGACCAGAGAGAUGCCUUCUCCUUGAGGCGCUGCCGGCAUCCCCCACCAAAACCCACCGGGUGCAGAAGAGCGGGGAUGCCGAGUCCCAGCCUCCCAGAGGACUCCUGAUCCCGACAUUGCCAUAGCAACUGCUCACACUGCUCCCUCGAUAAGUAGCAGUGCUCGCGGAACCCAGCUCGGGACGUUGGAAGUCCAGACAACCCAACGCUGAAUCGCAAUCUAUCUGCCACCGCUCCUUUCAAGGGGGAGAAAAAACCCAUUUCAAUGAUGUCAACAGAAUGUGUUCAGCCACUUGAUAUCCCAGAAGACAGACUGGACAAGCGAGAUUCACACUGCAACCAUUUAGAAGAUCUUUCAGAACAGCUGAUUAAGAGCUGUGAUCUCAAGAAGAAACCAAGAAAAGGUAAAACUAUCCAGCCUUCCCAAAACACUGAACAGGAGCAAAAAAAGCCAAGGAGAAAAGACACACCAGCUAUACACACCCCACCACCCCUAACAGGCAUACUUUCAGACUUUUCUGAUAAUCUGCUGAAAAGGUAUGGUAUCUCAGAGAAGCCACAGAGAGAGAGAGUGAGUCAGGGCUCUCAGAUCACCGAACUGGAGCAGAAAAAGCCCAGGAGAAAAGAUACACCUGCAAUACACAUCCCACCUUUGAUAAUAGGCACAAAGCUGCUUACAGAAGAAAAGCAAACGGCGAUUAUGGAAGAUGAAGAAAAGGAUGGAGACACAGUCCCCAGUUAAGAUUACAGUGAUAUUUUCAGUAUUGCAGUGUAAAUAAUUCUGGGUCAUUCAAAGUGGCAGCACAUAGGAAAAGAAGUCCUUUCAUUUUUAUAAAUAAUUUUUUCAAGCAUGCACUUGAAUUUAAUUUAUCUUCAAGUGCUUCUCUGCAUCUCAUGAAAUCCCAGCAAGCAUUACAGGAGAUGACAGAAAAUUCACCUACACGUGGGGCUGGAAGGAUUCUCUUGGUUAACUAAAGCAGCUUCCCAGGAUUUCUGUCUUCAAGGGAUCCACCUGAGACCAUAUCUAGUACCUUGUAGUGCAGUGGUAAGAGUUGACACAAAGGGCCCACCAACCCAGGGAAGCUGGCACUAGAUAACAGGGUGUCAGUAAAUGCACGAUACCACUAGAUAUCACAGGAUAGUCAAAUAUCAACUAAUGAUUCAAAUUGCAUUUUUCUUCUGACAUCUCACCUCAUUCAUCUAGCUUGCCUUCAUUGGAAUAAUGCUGAGCACAGUAAAUAUUUCCACACGCAGGACUGAUGUGAUCCAUGUUCCUGAAGUGCAAAGCAAACACGUCUUGGGCCUGUAUCUGUUCAUGACUGGUGUUUGAGAGAGAAAAGGGCAGAUUUAUUGUCGUAGAAAAGCUUACAGCUAUGGGCUGUUGGCACUGGCACAUCAAACAGAACUGACGACAGAGCUCUCAGAAGAGAAACUUUUGGGAAGAGCAACAUUUGCCUAUUACAGUGGUGUAGAAUGGUGAUUUCUUUUUUUUCUCAAAGGUUUCAUUCCUGGAUUGCUGAAAGCCAAAUUAGUUGAAAAGCUGAUCCUUUUACUCAUCUUUAUAUAUAUAUAUAUCUGUAUGAGGUUUUUCAGCUCAGUCCUAGGAGGGGCUGUUAAGGAUUAAAAAUCACAACAAGAUAUUGCAGACUAAGCAAAAGAAUAGCAUUACUCUACGUCAUAUGCAUAAUGCAAGAUGAAACAGCAUCAUACUUCUUAAAAAUAAUGUAAUUAAAUGAUGAAACCAAUAAAUGUGUUCACGGCCAGCUACACACUUCAACAUUUGUACAGAGAUGGUACUUGUAGAAUAUUAUACAAAAUAUGUAGGGCUGGAUAGCUUUGUGCUUAUCUUAAUAGCUCUGUGUGCUAGAUGGAGCAGCAACACCAGUGGACCCUUAGGGACCUCAGCACACAAAUUAGAGCUUACCUAGGCUGGCAGACUGCAUCCAGUUAUCUGUUUAACACCCAUAGGCAGGCAGCUGAGGAGCACACUAGUCUGGACUUCAUUUGCCACAGUGACUGACCCAGCAUCUUUCAUCCCAUUCACAGAUGUUCAGCUUCAAGAUGUAACCAACAAGCUUAUAAUAAA